UCUCCUCAUCAAUGGUCCUCCUGUUUUCCCAACAUCUGGCCUCACAUGUGAGCCUCCCUCAUGCCUCUAACUUGACUUUUCAUCAGCUCCCCUUUUCCUCCUGUGGUUUCUGUCCCCUCCCCUCCUUCCAGCCAUCUCGCCAAUCAUUUUCUAAAUUUUAAACGUGCCGCACUUAGCUUAUGACUGUGCGAGCAAGUGGAGGAGGAGUUUAAGUAAGUCUGAAUCAUGAAUAAAACCAUCUGUCAGCUUGUAAAGUAACAUUUGCAUGUUUGAGCUCCUUACACAUCUUAAACCUUGGAGCGGUACCCGCAGCAGCCUAUCUUUGCCAUGAGGGCCAGGAUGAAAAUGAUGAUGCAGCUGUUGCUUUUGGUAGCAGCUGUCUGUAAGUCAAAUGCUCAAAGCAACGACGGCAGCAAUGACAGCAAGCAGCAGCAACCCAGCGUCUGGGAUGACACCAUCAGAUUUGACACCAAGACAAAGGACUCAUGCACCAUGGCGGUGUCCACAGCAGGAAACUUUACACGUUUGCGUGUCUCCUGCAGAGCCCCAAGCCAGACUACAGGACGGUCCUACUACUGCGACUUCCAGGGCAAACCAACCCAAUGCCGAGCCUACAACAACAGUCAUCGGCACUACUUUACCCAGAUGAUGUGGGAGCUGAGGAAGCUGAAGAACGCCUGCCAGGGAGCCAAAAUCUACCGCCCUCACAUGUGCAGAAAAUACUCUGAUGAAGCUCAAAUGACUUUUCUAACCUCCUGGCCCAAGAAUUCAGCUCUCAAGCCUUCAAAGCCCAUCCAGGAGCAACGUAAACCAGCAGCACCAGCACAGACCAAACCCACUGCUACUCAUAAACCUGCGAAGCCGCAGCCUCAGACAGCUAAAACCCAGGUGGGCAAAAGCUCCCAGAGCAAGAAAGGCACCCCCAAGCUUGUGAAGACCACCACCCGUCCCACACAGGAGCCUGCAACCAGUGCGUCCCGCCUUGCUACAGAGUACUGCUGGAAGAGCUUCCAUGGCCUCUGCAGCUACGUCAUCAGCUGGUUCCAAAACUGAGAUGCAUGCAGGUUGGAAUUACUUACAACACAACACGUCUCCAGUCUUUGAUAUGUAUGAAAGCAUCUGGAAAUAUUUAAUCAAUAAUCAAGAGCUGACUCCUCAUCUUUCCAAGAAAUAUUGGACUAUGUGGUUUGCAUUAUUUAAAAAAUGUGUAUAAAACACAAUGAGCCAAAGAGACAACCUUACAGCGAUGUGUUUCUGUUUUUAAAUGAUGUAUCCCAGAUGUCAUCUGAAUGUUUCAGCAGCAUGCAGGUUUUCUGAGGAAGAGAAUAAAUUCAAGAGUGGUGACCUUUCA